AUGGAAGAGCCGUCGUCCGCCGCCCCCGCGGCCGCCGCCGAGAUGCCGGGCCACUCCAGCUACGCCAUGUGCAACAACGUCUCCGGGGACGUCAUCUCCCUGUGCGCCAACAGCACUCCGCCGUACGUGGGCGUCGAGGCGGAUAAUGAGAUCACGCAGAAGGUGGUGACCAUCGUGGUCCCCAUUCUCUUCACGCUCAUCGUGCUCAUCGGGCUCAUCGGCAACGCGCUCGUGGUGAUCGUGGUGGCGGCCAACCAGCAAAUGCGCAGCACCACCAACCUGCUCAUCUUCAACCUGGCGUGGGCCGACUUGCUGUUCAUCGUGUUUUGCGUGCCGUUCACCGCCACCGACUACGUGCUGCCGUACUGGCCCUUCGGGGACGUCUGGUGCAAGAUCGUGCAGUACCUCAUCGUGGUGACGGCGUACGCCAGCGUGUACACGCUGGUGCUGAUGUCGCUGGACCGCUACCUGGCCGUGGUGCACCCCAUCACGUCGAUGUCCAUCCGCACCGAGCCCAACGCGUUGCUGGCCAUCAUCGUCACGUGGGUGGUGAUCCUGACGGCGUCCGCGCCCGUCUACUUCUGCCACGGGGAGGUCACCUACGUGUUCACCUCGCAAGAGCAGACUGCGUGCGUCUUCCUGGAGUACGACCCCCUCACCCGCCCCGAAGGCUACAACAAACUCGCCUUCCAGGUACCGUCUUCUUAA